AGAACGGUCAUCUGUGACCCAGGCCCGACAGAAACGAGACAUAUCUCAUUUUUUUUGGUAUAUUGUGUAUUGUUAAAUUACAUAUAUUUUAUAUUCUAAAUCAAUGGCUAACACCAAAAAAUAUUGCCGUAUGUUUUUGUUCAGGCGACACACAAAAAAAUACAAAAUGUCUAUAUUAUCUAUAAAAUUCGCAUAUUUUUUAUUUAAUUAAAUGACAAUACAAUAGCUAUAGGAUGUAUCUAGAUACAGUUAACUUAUAUAAUUAAUUAAAAUCGUGGCAUUUGAUGAUUUAUUGCAUAAUAUUAAGUUAAAUGUACAAAAACGGUCACAUACUUCCUGUCUACAUGCUAUCAUAACGGCUCAGGUAGCCUGGCGGUGACAGAAACCAAUCAUGCUGUCUCUCUCUUUCAUUAAAACACAGUGGCGGAGCGGAGGGGGUAGGGUAGGGGUGGGCCGCGGGGUGCACCGACGCAGCGCAGAUGCAGGCGCAGUUCUUCGCUUUCUGUGUUGAGAUCUGUGCGUUUUUGUAUUCAAGGCUACAUUUUUUCGACGUUUUUUGGCUUUCUCUUUACUGGACUUGAUUUUUGUAUUGUGAGUGGUUCGUUGAUAUGGCUAACAAUAUUAAUAAUUGUGCUGCGUGUGAACGUACACUUCGCCGUCGUCGUCCAUACGUUCUCAAUGAACGAUUACUGGAAACACGAAGAGAUUUCGUAGAGCAACUAUUACGCAUCGUUGGUGGUGAGAUAACUUUUGAUGGGACUCGGUCGAUUUGCCACUCGUGUCGGCAUAGAAUCGACGCUGCAAUUAAUCAAGAGCGACAAGUCCCAGCAGCUCCUGUCCUACCAGCUGCUGUUGUAAAUGUACAAGGCGUUCGACGUGCACCUAAUACGGCUCGGCGAUGUUUAAUUGACAACUGCAACAACAGUUCUCUGCUUCAAGUGCCUAAUUCGGUGAAGGUACAACUCCUUAGCUAUUAUCACUUUUACGUACCAAAUCUUGCCCGCAUUUGCCAACGGCAUUUACUACACAUGGCGAUAGAAGAGAUACCGGAAAAUAUAACAAAUCAAAUGACCGACUUGAAUGCGGAGAGUGUUGGCGACAUCAUCAACAUGUAUACACAAGCUUUGGAACAAAGGUCACAGUUCAAUGUAGAUGACGUUUCUGACGACGAGUUAAGCUUUUGGACUGGAAGAAACAGAGCCACGUUCAACGAUUUGCUGAGUCAAAUACCAAGCCUUAAUCGGUCCUCAAGUACUCCACGAAAUGAUUUGGCUAUCUACUUGUGCAAAAUUCGAUCAGGGGAGCCGAAUAAUAGAAUCGCUUCACUUUUUAAUAUAACCGAGCGAACUAUUGGAAGAAAAAUACAUAAAGUCAGGCAGUGUCUCAUUACUGACUUUGUUCCAUUGCACCUAGGUUUAGACCAUAUAACCAGGGACGAAGUAAUAGCCCACAACCGGGUUUUACCAAAUGUUUUGUUUGGUAACGAAGAGUCACCAAAAGCAAUAGUUACAUUCGAUGGAACCUACAUAUACAUAGAAAAAAGUUCUAACUUUUUAUUUCAACGCCGCAGUUACAGCCUUCAUAAGUUCAGAAACUUAAUAAAACCAUUCAUGAUCGUGUGCGCGGAUGGAUAUAUUUUGGAUGUAACAGGUCCGUACUCUGCACGGACUACCGAUGCUGAUAUAAUGAAAAUGAUAUUGCAAAACCAUGAUGGACCCAUUGAAGACGGACCGUUCCACUUUUUUUUCCAUGAAGGAGACUCAUUUAUUUUGGACCGAGGCUUUCGGGAUUCAAUACCUUUAAUAGAAACAUAUGGUUAUGUUGCUCACAUGCCGCCAACCAAACAACCACAAGACACGCAAUUAAGCACCGAACAAGCUAAUAAAUCACGACUCAUUACAAUGGUGCGAUGGGUCGUGGAAACUAUAAACGGGAGAUUCAAGCGCGACUUCAAGAUCUUUAAAAACAGAGUAUUCAACAAACAUGUGCCGCAUUUUGAAGAUUUUAAAAUUGCUGCAGCUUUAAUUAAUUAUUUUCAAGAACCUUACGGAGACAGUCCAUACACAGAAGAUUUCAUUGAAAUAAUUAAUCAAAAUAUACAACGCCCCAAUCGAUUAUUUGAGUAUGUGGAGGAAAAUAAUCUAAACCGACAAAGAGUGUCGUUUCACAGGAUGACUGGAAAUGAUCCGGAUAUUGAACAUUUUCCACAAUUAACAAUUGAAGAGUUAAUUAAAUUCUCAAUCGGCACCUAUCACGUGAAGUUAGCACGGUCGUAUUGCAGUGAGCAUUUGAAAGCCGCGGGAGGUGGGCUAGACAUCGAGAUCACUUUGACCACCCAGCAAUGGGUAUGGAUUAUGUUUUAA